UUCUGAUUUAGCGCCUAAUGGAAUAAUAUCAAAAUUUCAGUCCAAAUUUUUUUUUAAACUACUUGAUUAGAACUUUGUUCCUAAUAUAGUUCUUUCACAAAACUGUAACAGAGAACCACCGUGAGUUCGUCCUCCACCGUGAGGACGGUUCAUCCUCCAUACUAUGAGUUCAUCCUACACCGACAUCAAGCUAUAGCACCACCGUGAGUUCCAGGAUAGUUUGGAUGGAGUACCAGAGGUUUUGUUUGAUCCGAAUGGACUUAGCGAGGAUGGAACGAUUACAAUGAGAAUUUGUGCUGUUAGCCAAGAUGCCAAGUACUUGGCAUAUGGACUUAGCUCAAAUGGAAGUGAUUGGAUCACUAUCAAAGUUAUGCAGGUCGAAAAUAAGACAAUCGAGCUUGAUACUGUGUCUUGGGUUAAGUUUUCCUGUGCUAGUUGGACCCAUGAUAGCAAAGGUUUUUUCUAUAGCCGAUACCCAGCUCCCAAAGAGAGUGAAAAUUUGGAUGCUAGCACUGAGACCAGUGCCAACUUGAACCAUGAGGUGUACUAUCAUUUCUUGGGUACUAAUCAAUCUGAAGAUAUUUUAUGUUGGAGAGAUAUUGAAAAUCCAAAGCACAAAUUUUGCAAUUGUGUAACAAAUGAUGGAAAGGCUUGAAAUGUGAAUUUUCUUCUUCAAUAAAAAUACCCAGAGCAUAAUUCGAUUCAACCAUACCAUUUAUUCAUAAGAAUACUCAGAUCCGUAGCAAACCAGUGAAGAUUAAGCAAAGAAACAGACCUUUACACUGUCAUAACCAGUGAGGUGAAGCAAAGCGUACUAAAGCAUACAACCAUGUCCAGCGGAGAGAACAAAGCGAUCGCGAUUGAACCAAAUAAGGUUCUUCGGAUUAUACUUCAUCAACUCAUCGUGUAGUAUAUCACCCAUCGGAGCACAACCCAUGGGAAGACCCGGGUAACCCGAAUUGGCCUUCUCGACAGCGUCGAUUGCGAGGAAAUAGAUUGUGUUGAUCUAUUUCUCGACGAGAGCAGUGUCGGUUUUGGGGAGAGUUUCGGUGGAGGUGCGGACUGGGCGGAGGGAGUUGAGGCACUGCCGUGAGGUGGUUGGGGAGUGGAUGGGGUGGGAGGAGGAAGUGGAAGGGGUGGAUUUGAGGCCGGAGUGAGGGAGGGAGAGAGAAAGGGAGGGUGGGUUGGUAAUUUGAUUGAAGAAUAUAAAUGUAAUAAAAAAAUUUUAGAGAAAAUAUGCGUAUUGAGUUAAUCAAAUGUGUGGAAAUAGAAUUUUCCGUAUUUUUGCUAGGCAGUGUUGGAGUUGCUCUAAGCUAGUGAUGUGAUUAAUAGGAGCUUGCCAUGUGCAAAUGAACUUUUGGUUGUUAAGCUAGACUAAUUGUGUACACUAUUUUUAUUGACAUGGAUAGAGAGAUCUAUACAAUAUAAUUGAUAAUAUGUUAAUA